AUGAGGGAUGCGGGAAAACUGUUGCAGGAGCCGCUAAAUGAUUCAGAAGUGUGCAUCAGCUCUGUGAAAAUUUUUCAAUUCCAAAUACCAAAUACUUUUCAGAAAUUCCUGAACUGGAACGAACAUGAACAGCUCGAUAUUAUGGAGCGAAUUCUCAGUAAAAUGAGCCACAACCAGUUGUUUGUCAUGCAAAGAUUCAUUCAGCCUAUGUUGCAACGUGACUUCAUCGCAUUGUUACCUCAGCACUUGGCCGAAAUGAUCCUUUCGAAUCUUGACGCACGAACCCUGGCUGCCUGUGAGGCGGUUAGUACGAGCUGGAGAAGCGUCCUGGCAAGGGGACAGUUGUGGCGGAAACUGAUAGAACGUAAUGUUCGGAAGGAUAACAUGUGGCGUGGAUUGAGCGAAAAGAAGAAGUGGCGUAAGUAUAUCCUCGUGAGUAGGGAUUGCGCAGCAUGUGCGAUCUGUGACUACUAUCGACACGUACUAUUGUGUUUGUUUAAAGUUACGUUUUAUAGAGAGUUAUUCCCGAAAGUGGUGGCCGACAUUGACAAAAUCGAAUCCAACUGGCGCAAGGGAGUGUACAAAUUGAGCAGUAUUAACUGCCGUUCAGAGAACAGUAAAGGCGUGUACUGUUUGCAAUACGACGAUGAAAAGAUCGUGUCAGGACUACGUGACAACGUCAUAAAGGUAUGGAAUCGGGCAGAUUUGAGCUGUGAACGGGUGCUAUCUGGUCAUACGGGUUCCGUAUUGUGUCUUCAAUACGAUGAAAGAGUAAUAAUAUCGGGUGAUGUUUACGUCAUCCCUUGUCAAGUUGUUUUAUUCAGCUCGAAAGAUCGUUCGAUUGCGGUAUGGGAUAUGGUGUCACCGAGGGAAAUUAACCUCCGACGGGUCCUUGUUGGACAUCGUGCAGCAGUGAAUGUCGUCGAUUUCGAUGACCGAUAUAUAGUCAGCGCAUCUGGGGAUCGAACAAUCAAGGUUUCCGAAUCUAUUGAUUCACUAUUUACUUCAUUUGAUUUGCGUGGUCUCACUUUUCUGCUAAUCCUGUUAGAAGAACUUGUCCAACACACUGGACGCGUGUUCCGUCUUCAGUUCGACGAUUUCCAAAUUGUCAGCAGCUCCCAUGAUGACACAAUCCUCAUCUGGGAUUUUCUUGUUGAGCCGGAUGUCCCACCGUCGCCUCCGACCACAUCCACUGAUCCGUUAUUGGAGCCCUCAAUGGGAUCGGUAGCGAUUCCCUCAAGUUCCACAGAGCGAACUUCUGGAGGUGGCGGUGAUGGUCCCAGCCCUCCAGGGAGCCCUAAAUUGCCGAUAUACGCGCACCCUGGUCCCAGCACGUCGUAUGGGGCAUUGUUCGAACCAUUUGUGGAUAGCGAUGCUGUCGGAACGGCUCUAAGGCAGUACGAAGUGAAUCUCCCAACGGUGAGUUUUUGA